GGCUCGGCCACCUCCCGCCGGCUCCUGCGCCUCCCCCGCGCGCCCCCGGCGCCGCCUCGCUCCUCCCGCUUCCCCUUGACCCCCGCGCUCCCGUGCGCGCGCGCCCGCUUGCCUGUUUCCCGUCGCCGUCGCUACCCGGGUCAUGGCGACCUGCUUCUGGCUGCGGAGCUCCGGGCCCCGGCGCCUCCGGUGGACGUUUCCCGGCUGCCGCCUGCGCCCCCGCGCCGGCGGCCCGGUGGCUGCCUGGGGUCCCGCGCCCGGCCCGGCCCCGUUCCGCGGCUACGCUGGGGGCCUGGCGAACCUCUCCGCCGCGCUGCUGCGCACCGACAGCUUCGUGGGCGGCCGCUGGCUCCCGGCCGCCGCCACCUUCCCCGUGCAGGACCCGGCCAGCGGCGCCGCCCUGGGCAUGGUGGCCGACUGCGGGGUGCCCGAGGCCCGCGCCGCGGUGCGCGCCGCCUACGAGGCUUUCUGCAGCUGGAGGGGGGUCUCGGCCAAGGAGAGGAGUUCAUUACUUCGGAAGUGGUACGAUUUAAUGAUAAAAAAUAAGGAUGACCUUGCCAAAAUAAUCACAGCUGAAAGUGGAAAGCCACUGAAGGAGGCACAGGGGGAAAUUCUCUAUUCCGCCCUGUUCCUAGAGUGGUUCUCAGAGGAAGCACGCCGUGUUUAUGGAGACAUUAUCUACACCUCGGCAAGGGACAAGCGGGCCCUGGUCCUCAAGCAGCCCGUAGGUGUGGCCGCAGUCAUCACCCCGUGGAAUUUCCCCAGUGCCAUGAUCACCCGGAAGGUGGGGGCUGCCCUGGCAGCUGGCUGCACAGUGGUGGUGAAGCCCGCUGAAGACACGCCCUUCUCCGCGCUGGCCCUGGCUGAGCUUGCAAGCCAGGCUGGAAUUCCUCCGGGAGUCUACAAUGUCAUUCCCUGCUCUCGAAAGAAUGCCGCGGAAGUAGGGGAGGUGAUUUGUACGGAUCCUCUGGUGUCCAAAAUUUCCUUUACUGGUUCAACAACUACAGGAAAGGUCCUGUUACGCCAUGCAGCAAACUCUGUGAAAAGGGUGUCCAUGGAGCUGGGUGGCCUCGCUCCAUUUAUAGUAUUUGACAGUGCCAACGUGGACCAGGCCGUGGCAGGGGCAAUGGCAUCUAAAUUUAGGAACGCUGGACAGACUUGUGUUUGCUCAAACCGAUUCUUGGUGCAAAGGGGCAUCCAUGAUGCCUUUGUAAAAGCAUUUGCUGAGGCCAUCAAGAAGAACCUGCGUGUAGGUAAUGGAUUUGAGGAAGGAACUACUCAGGGCCCGUUAAUUAAUGAAAAAGCAGUAGAAAAGGUGGAGAAACAGGUGAAUGAUGCUGUUUGUAAGGGGGCCACCGUGGUGACAGGCGGAAAACGACACCAACUUGGAAAAAACUUCUUUGAGCCUACCCUGCUCAGCAAUGUCACCCAGGACAUGCUCUGCUCUCAUGAAGAGACUUUUGGGCCUCUAGCACCAGUUAUCAAGUUCGACACAGAGGAGGAGGCUAUAGCAAUCGCCAACGCAGCUGAUGUUGGGUUAGCAGGUUAUUUUUACUCUCAGGACCCAGCCCAGAUCUGGAGGGUGGCAGAGCAGCUGGAAGUGGGCAUGGUUGGCAUCAACGAAGGACUGAUUUCCUCCGUGGAGUGCCCUUUUGGUGGGGUGAAGCAAUCCGGGCUUGGGCGAGAGGGGUCCAAGUACGGUAUCGAUGAGUAUCUGGAACUCAAGUAUGUGUGUUACGGGGGCUUGUAGGAGCCUUUGCUUCUUUAAAAACAUUUAAAAGGAGGCUCACCUACAUAUAUAGGUACGUGCCAUCUGUUAUUUUAAACAAACUAAUAGGUUUUCAGAGUUAGGAAUUUUUCAAAACUCAUCCGGUCCUCGUAAUCUUAAGCAGAUGCAAAUCCUACCCCUGCCCUUAACCUAACUAGGGACCAAUACGUGCCACGUGUCUGUGGCCGCAGACUCCAGGAGAACCAGCACUGGGUGUACAGAAUGAGGCCCUGGCUCCUCACCGUGGCCUGGGCUGCCUGAGAGUAGGCACAGCGCGAGGCAGGCCAGCCCCUUGGCCGUCACAAAGGCUUGAUCACUGCCGGGGCCGUGGCACAAUUAUCCCCCACGUGGCUCCAGAAUAUGGGCCCAGAGCAACUUGAAGGAGACCCUUGCCUGUGACUGGUGGGCGGGUGAGAGGCCCAGCACCCCUCCCCGGCACCUGCCAGCUCAGCACCUGAGACAGCGAAUGUGCCCCUGGGGUGCUGCGGCAGUUUUCAGGAAGCCGUCUUUCAAAGACAAUAAAUAGCACGGAAUUGUCUGUGCUUCUGAGAGACCUGAAGGAGCA